AUGGCCGGGCUCGGGCUCCUGGCACUGUCGCUGUCACUGCCGCUGUCACUGUCGCUGCUGCUGCUGCUGCGGGCGGGACCCGCCGGGGGCUCCAAGGACGAUUGUCCCACCGAUCUGUUCACGGCCAGCGGGGAGUGCUGCCGGGCCUGCAACGUGGGCGAGGGCGUGGUGCAGCCCUGCGGCGUCAACCAGACGGUGUGUGAGCCCUGCCUGGACAGCGUCACCUUUUCGGACACGGUGAGCGCCACGGAGCCGUGCCGGCCGUGCACGCAGUGCGGGGGGCUGCAGAGCAUGUCAGCGCCCUGCGUGGAGUCGGACGACGCCGUUUGCGUGUGCGCCUACGGAUAUUUCCAGGAUGAAUCCAGCGGGAGCUGCCGCGAGUGCCGCGUGUGCGAGGUCGGCUUCGGGCUCAUGUUCUCCUGCAAGGACUCGCAGGACACGGUGUGCGAGGAGUGUCCCGAGGGCACCUUCUCCAGCGAGGCCAACUUCGUGGAUCCGUGCCUGCCCUGCACCACGUGCGAGGACAACGAGGUGCUGGUCCGGGAGUGCACGGCAGUGGCGGAUGCGGAGUGUCGGGGUCUCCACCCUCGCUGGACAACCCAGACCCCGUCCCUGGGGGGCUCUGAGAGCCCCGAGCCGCCCACCAGGGAGCCACUGAGCACCGAGGGCGUGGCCAGCACGGCGGCAGAGGUGGCCACCACCGUCAUGGGCAGCUCGCAGCCCGUGGUGACCCACGGUACCAGUGACAACCUCAUCCCCGUCUACUGCUCCAUCCUGGCUGCUGUGGUGGUGGGGCUGGUGGCCUACAUCGCCUUCAAGAGGUGGAACAGCUGCAAGCAGAACAAGCAGGGAGCCAACAACCGCCCGGUGAACCAGACCCCGUCCCCCGAGGGGGAGAAGCUGCACAGCGACAGCGGCAUCUCCGUGGACAGCCAGAGCCUGCACGACCAGCAACCCCCCGGGCCCGGCACCCAGGGGCCAGCCCCCAAAGCCGACGGGAACCCGUACACGGCCCUGCCGGCCAGCAAACAGGACGAGGUGGAGAAGCUGCUGGGCAGCUCUGCCGAGGACACGUGGCGGCAGCUGGCGGGCGAGCUGGGCUACAAGGAGGAGCUCAUUGACUCCUUCACCCGUGAGGAGUCCCCGGCGCGGGCCCUGCUGGCCCAUUGGGGCCGCCGCGAGUCGGCCACGCUGGAGGCGCUGCUGGCCGCCCUGCGCCGCGUCCAGCGCGGGGACAUCGCCGACAGCCUGGCCAGCGAGUCCACGGCCACCUCCCCCGUCUGA